AAAACUAACAAAAAGGACUUGCCAUCCAAACCCUAAUCCCACAUUUCUUCUACUUAUCCUCGGCCCCCCCUUUUCCUCCUCCUCCUCCUCUUUCAGCCUGCUUUCGUCUACCAGCAGGAGGUUAUGGGAUCGGCUUCGGCGACGGCAGGGUCAGACGACACAAAGCCAUGCCCCCGAGGUCACUGGCGGCCGGGCGAGGACGAGAAGCUGCGGCAGCUGGUCGAGCAGUUUGGGCCGCAGAACUGGAACUCCAUCGCUGAGAAGCUCCGAGGGAGAUCAGGCAAGAGCUGCAGGUUGCGGUGGUUCAACCAACUGGACCCGAGAAUCAACAAGAGGCCAUUCACGGAAGAGGAGGAGGAAAGGCUGCUGGCAGCUCACCGGAUCCAUGGAAACAAGUGGGCGUUGAUCGCGCGGGUCUUCCCCGGGAGAACCGACAACGCCGUGAAGAACCACUGGCAUGUGAUCAUGGCUCGACGGCAGAGAGAACGAUCGAGGCUGUUCAAGAAGAGAGCUCCUCGGGACCUUCUUCUCGACUACACCGACGGCUCGCCCAACCGUGUCUUCCAGUUCGGGAGUGCUGCCGAAGAGACGUGUUCCGUGCGCUCGUGGGUCUUCUCCGGAUCGGCGACGCAGUCCCCGCCCAGAACGUUGGGCGGGGAGAAAGACGCCGCCUCCGUUCUCGGCAGCUGCAAGUUCCACGGCCGGUCCUUUCACCCUUACCAUGCAAAGUACGAGUGGGUGCCUCCUCGUGUUUCCAUGAAGGUGUUCUCUCCGGGGGAUGAUGACUCGGCCAUGUCGACGAACCCUAAUGAAGAGCAUGGAGGGGAUGAUCGAUCCUCGAAGCGCAAGGGCGUUCCAUUCAUAGACUUUUUGGGUGUCGGGAUUACAUCUUGAAUCCAAGAACAUCCAAGUGUCUCAGUAGAUUUGGUUCUGAACUGGAAAACGAGGAUCUUGAUAUGUAUUGUUUGCUCUGAGACCAUCCGAGUUAUGGAACAUUGCAUGUUAACUUGACAUGAGAUGUAGCCAAUG